UUAGAGAAGAGAAGAGGAGCGGCAGCCAGCAGUACCAUCACACACUGCACUUGCGUUUCAAUUUUCUUUUUCUUCAUUUAUUAUUCCUUCAAUUAUUUAUUCUUCUUCUCUCACUGAGACCGUUCAUUGUUAUUACCGUUCUGCUGCCGUUACCACCUACUCUCCGAUAUCGUUUAUAGGCUCUUGCCUUUCAGAUCUUCCAUGAUCGCCUCUUCUUUCUGAUUCUAUCACCUUUCCUAUAAAAAUUUUUGAUUUUUCAGGUGGUGUUUGUUUUGUAGGAUCUGCAGGCUUACUUGGUUCUUCAGGCGGUAUCUACCAGUUUUGCUUAUUGAGGCUCUUCAGGUGCCUAUGGCAUGAGGCUGAGGAAUCAGUAGGACUUGAACUUGAACAUAUCUAAAUUGUUGAACCUUAGAUUUCUUACAAUGGACGUGAAUAAGCAGGGGCAAGUGUGCAUUCUUGUCCCUGCAAACACGUUUGUGCCCAUAUGCUUCUGCACAUAAAGAAGAUGGACACAACAUCAGAUUAAGUGUGAAGCAGGCACUUAAUAUAUGUGAAAUGAUGAUGCUGACUUUGCAAUGUCUCUUUUGUUGAGUAAUAUGGGACAUAGGCAUGUUUAUAAUGAUCAAUCUUUCGUUACUAGUUAAUUCAAUAUUUUCCAUGUGUUGCUACAUUCAGAGACCUUAAAUUAGUCUUAUUGAUUUCUUUUCUGUAGAGUGAAUGCUAGAUCGCAUGUCUCUUGCUUGAAUUGCUUCUGAAAAUUCUGAGACGCCCCUAGCCUGUCUUUGCUGUGUUGUAUUACGACAUUGUGAUAAUGUGCACUGUAAAAUGUAAAUUGACCGCAAACUUCAUAUGGUUUUACACUGCAUUUUCACUUGCAUGAGAUAUCUUUUUCAUGAAAAUAUGCGCUUAUUAAUUGAUGAUUAUGCUUCAUGUCCACUGUUUUACUGUAAUUUCUUAAUGUCUACAAUUUUCUCUUAAUCAUUACAAAAAUGAGAUGGAGUUUUCAUUCUUGUUAUCUGGUGGUAUAUGUGACCCAUAGGGUUUGUAAUCUGGUUGACUUUAAAGAUUUUUUUUUAAUAUGUUUUUUCCUUUGAAGACAAGGAAAGAGAAGAUAUGUGUGCCCAUGUAUUAUUCUGUUUAGGGGUUUCGGUUAGUUUUCCUUUUUAGACGUAUAUUUUUUAAAUUCUACUUAGGAAACAUAUUUUUAUUGUUUUAGAAUUUUUGUCUGAAUGCUAUAUGGGAGAUUCAUGUGUUGUAGUAGAAUUUGUCUUUGUUUCCUACUUUCCUCGUUAGAAAAGUUUCAUAUUUCUUAUUUAAUGAUGUGCCUUGUAAGGGAUUGAUAAAAAGAAAAGAUAAAAGAAGAUCGGAUGUGGCACAUCUUUUAAUUUGAUGCCAGUAUAAAAGCAACUGUUGAUGAGUAAAAAUGUGUAUUAUCCUUCUAAAUGCAUGAUAUCCUUUUUCUCUUUCUCUCCUAUUAUCUUUCCUUCAUUAGUCUUCAGCUUUUACAUUGUGGUUGCCCUAACAAGUCUUAAAACUUGUAACUUUGACAGCAAUUCAAUAUAAUUAUGAUAUUGGCAACAUGAGAAUUUGGCUUUUCCAUCUUGUUGCAGAAAAUGAUUUUACCUCAGCUUUUGCAGGGGAAAUAUUACGAUAUUGUACCAUUCUUGGGACGCUAUAUAUUUUUUGUUAAAUUAGAAAAUGUUGGGUGGCAACAAUGGUAAUCCUGUACUUCCUGUUUUUAUGGAUGAGAAUCGUAUACCCUAUCAGUCUAAUCCUUCAAAUCAGCUGCAGUUAUUCAGUAAUUUCCCAGCUGGAUGCAAUGUUGAUGCAGUGAAUUGUUUUGGGAAUGAGCAUAUGAGCCCUAUGCUUCGGUCCAAUAAGAGAGCCAGAGAAACAGAAGAUUUCAGUAGACAGCAAAAACUACAGAUUUCCUUAAAUUAUAACAUAUGGCAAGAUGAAGCUGACCGUUCAGCUAGCAUUCCAAACCCCAACCCUGUAUCAACUGGGUUAAGGUUAUCAUAUGAUGAUGAUGAACGAAACUCAUCCGUAACUUCUGCAAGUGGAAGUAUGACAGCAGCACCAUCAAUCAUCCUGUCCCUUGGUGACAAUUUUAAGACUGAGCUUGAUCAGCAGAAAGAAGAAUUUGAUCAGUAUAUUAAGAUUCAGGAAGAACAUCUGGCCAUGGGGUUGAGGGACAUGAAGCAAAGGCAUAUUGCUUCUUUCCUUGCUGCCAUCGAGAAGGGUGUAAGCAAGAAGCUGCAGGAAAAAGACCUAGAGAUAGACAACAUGAAUCGUAAAAACAAGGAAUUGAUUGAGAGAAUAAAGCAGGUGGCCAUGGAAGCCCAGAAUUGGCACUACAGAGCAAAAUACAAUGAGUCAGUGGUGAAUGUUCUGAAAAGCAACCUCCAGCAGGCAAUUUCACAGGGCCCUGACCAAGGGAGGGAAGGAUUUGGAGACAGUGAGGUUGAUGAUGCUGCCUCUUACAUUGACCCUAACAACUACCUGAACGUUCCAGGUGGGCAUUCAAGACCUCUCACCAGGAAUUACCAGGGCUUGAAGGAACAUAUAAUCUGCAGGGCAUGCAAAUCAAAGGAGGUGUGCAUGUUGUUAAUGCCUUGUAGGCAUUUAUGUUUAUGUAAAGACUGUGAUAUGUUAAUCAAUGUUUGUCCUGUAUGCCGGUUGAUGAAAAAUUCAAGUGUUCAAGUGUACUUGUCGUAAAUUCUGAAGUAAAUCACUAGUCACCUACAAUCUUCUUGCCGUGAGAUAUCCGUUUACGGUUUCCUUCCCGGACCUACGAGUUGUAUGUUGAGUGACUCUAUUUCAUAAAAUGAAAUUUGGGUGAUUAUCUUUUGGUACA